AUGGACGACGACCUCGUCGCCGCGUUCAGCGCGAACCUGCUGAGCAAAUCGUACGUGAACCAGGGCGCGCAGAGCCUGCGGGCGCACGACAAGGUGUUCGCCAGGUUGCUCGCGAAUCGACGGAUGCUCGGCAGAGGAUUGAACGACGUCGCGAUUGAAUUCUUGGUGCACAAACUGAGCGUGAUGGAUUCGAAUAAUUUUAUCGAUAACGUCGGCGUGGGCGAGCGAGAGGGACGAGUGUUCAGCGACAUGGUGCGACGACGGUGCUACUCGAUGACGCACGGGAUCGGGCGGUCGGGAGACAUCACGGCGGAACAGCCAAAGGCGUGCGGGAGCUCGGCGGCGCACGCGUUGGCGCAGUGCAUGGCGAGAGACGCGUUGAGAUUGGCGGGAAUGCGAGACCUGGGGAAGCGCGCGUUGGUGCUGCCGCUCGCGACUGGGAUGACGCUGACGUUGGUGCUCAGCUCGUUGCGGUUGAUGGUUAGAAAUAGCGCGGAUGGGGGGGUUGACGCGGCGGCGCCGAACGUCGUGAUUUGGUGUCGCUUGGAUCAAAAGACGUGCGUCAAGGCGGCUACGUGCGCCGGUCUCGAGAUCGUCGUCAUCGAGCCCGUGUUGAACGGUGAUCAAUUAGAUACGAACGUGCACGCGAUCGAGCGCGCGAUCGAGGACGUCGGUGUCGACCGACUCGUGGCUGUGGUGACGAGCACGAGUUGUUUCGCGCCGCGCGCGUGCGACGACGUCGAGACGGUGGCCAAGUUGUGCGAAAAGAAGAACGUCGCACACGUCAUCAAUAACGCCUACGGCGUGCAGAGUAGGGUGUUAUGCGAGCGUGUGAGCAAGGCGUGGACCGUCGGGCGCGUCGACGCGGUGGUGCAGUCGACGGAUAAAAACUUCAUGGUGCCCGUGGGCGGCGCCGUCGUGUGUUGCGGCAAGCGAAACGAGGCGUUGGUGGAAGCUGUGGCGCGCAACUACCCCGGACGUGCCUCGGCGUCGGCUAGCAUGGAUAUGUUCAUCACGCUGCUAUCCAUGGGAGAGGAGCAUUGGUUGCGUCUGCUCGACGAGCGAGAAAAGUUGUACGAUUACAUGCACGCAGAGCUGAGCAAAGUCGCCGAAGAGGAGGGCGAACGAAUGUUGCGCACGCCCGGAAAUCCCAUAUCGAUGGCGAUGACGCUUUCAUGCGCUCGAGGCAUUUCUCCGACUAUGUUCGGCUCUAUGCUGUUCUCGCGAUGCGUCUCGGGCACGCGCGUCGUGGCGCCUGGAGAAGUCAAAACCGUCGGCGGCAUCGAGUUUCACGGCUUCGGCGCGUCGCAUUCGGCGUACCCGGAGACGUACUUUACCGCGGCCGCGGCGAUCGGGACCACGCGCGCCGACGUCGAUCGCUUCGCGUCAGUCUUGCGCAAGACUUUCAAGGAUUUCAAGAAAAAGUCUCAGCCAGCUGCCGCAUAG